GUGAUGGUUGUUGUAGUGGUGGUAGAUGGUGGUGGUUGUGGUGUUGUUGUGGUGGUGGUAGAUGGGGAGAUGGUGUUUGUUGUGGUGCUUGUGGUGGUGGUGCUUGUGUUGUUUGUGGUGGUGCUGGUUAUGGUGUUGGUUGUCAUGUUGGUUGUGGUGGUGUUGGUUGUGGUGCUUGUGGUGGUGGUGCUUGUGGUGGUUGUGUUGUUUAUGGUGGUGGUUGUGGUGUUGGUUGUGGUGGUGGUGCUUGUGUUGUUUGUGGUGGUGGUAGUGGUGUUGGUUGUGGUGGUGUUGGUUGCGGUUGUGGUGGCGCUUGUGGGAAGCGAUAGUGUAGCGGUUAGCGCGCUGCGCUACGAACCUGGCUACCUGGGUUCGAUUCCCGCUCACGGCCAACACCAGUGACGACUAUUUGCACCGGUUGUGGUGAUGGAGAUUAUGGUGAUGGUGGUGAUGGUGGUCGUUGUGGUGGUGGUAGUUGUGGUGGUGAUGAUGGUAGUGGUUUUGGUGAUGGUUGUGGCGGUUCUUUGUCUACUUUCUGUGUCCUUUUUAUCCUCAGCCCAGCUUAUACCUUUACUGCACCGCGGAGAACGACGCUCAAGACUGAGUCCUUCGCUGCUGCUGUUGUCAUUCUGCCCUGAAUCAACGACAUGCAGCAGACGCCCAACACGCAGCCAACCGUCGCCAGAAGCCACAAAUAUGAGGAGCAGCAGCAGCAGCAGCCACGUGACCCUGACACCAAUAACCAGCCUGAGAACCCCAAUCCGCACUCCAAACCCCGGCCCGUUGCUGCCACCAUCACUGCCAAGAAGAAGAAGACCUUCCAGUGCCCCGCGUGUGCGAAGGCGUUCAAGCAGUCGUCGCACCUCCAGAUCCACCUGAGGUCCCAUACGGGCGAGAAGCCCUUCGUGUGUGCCGCAUGCGACCGGCCGUUCCGGCAGCUCGCCCACCUCCAGAUGCACCUCAGGACGCACACGGACGAGAGGCCGUUCGCAUGCUCCCUAUGCAGCAGGGCGUUCAAGCAGUCGGCGUCCCUCGGCGUCCACCUGAGGACGCACACCGGUGAGAGGCCGUUCGCGUGCGGUGUCUGCGGGAAGGCGUUCGCUGAGUCGGCGCACUUCCGCAAGCACCUGAGAACGCACACGGGCGAAAGGCCGUUCGUCUGCACCGCGUGCGGCCGGGCGUUUGGAGAGCGUUCGUAUCUGCACAACCACCAGCGGACGCACACGGGCGAGAGGCCGUUCGCGUGUGGCAUCUGUGGGAAGGCUUUUGCGCGCUCUGAGGCCCGCAGGAGGCACGAGAAGAUCCACAGGGCGGCGGAGAUAGAGCUGGAGACGGCGGCAGUGGCGAUGGAGAUGAACAAGGCGACGGUGAUGGAGACGGAGAAGGCGACGGCGAUGGAGACGAAGAAGGCAGUGAUGAUGGAGACGAAGGCAGCGAUGGAGACGAAGAAGAAGGCGGUGGAGACGAAGAAGAAGGCGGUGGAGACAAAGAAGACGAUGACGAAGGUGGUGGUGAUGGAGAUGAACAAGGCGGCAGUGAUGGGGACGAAGAAGGCGGCAGUGAUGGAGAUGAAGAAGGCGGCGGUGAUGGGGACGAAAAAGGCGGCGGUGAUGGGGAUGAAGAAGCCGGCAGUGAUGGAGAUGAAGAAGGCGCCGGUGAUGGGGACGAAGAAGGCAGCGGUGAUGGAGACGAAGAAGGCGGCGGUGAUGAAGAUGAAGGUGGUGGAGGAGUUGAGACAGGAAAGCCAAGUCGCCGCUUCGAGCCAGCCUGGUGCACGGCGAGAGCCGGAGAACCACGGCACCGUCUGUUUGGCGACGUGGCCGACGGUGAAGGUGGAACGCAUAGAGGUGGACAUGGAAUGUGGCGGCGGUGGCAAUGAAGAGGCUGAAGAAGAAGAGGUCAAAAAGGUGGCAAAUUUGAAAAAUGAAGGAGUGACGGUGAAGUGCGAGGGGGAGAUGUGAAAGACGACGAAGAUUUGGGGGGGGGGGGGCGUUACCUCCUGCUGGACUUUACCUCGGGGUAGAGGUGUGUGCGGUGGUGUUUGGAGUGUAAUGCAUGGUGGAAGUGGUGAUGAUGGAGGUGGUGGAGGUGCUGAUAAUGGAGGUUGUGGUGAUCGUGGCGGUGGUGUACAGUGCAGUGCAAACUCGUAGGUCUGCUUGAGAAGCCACAAGCUUGUGCAGCAGUGCUAAGCUGUGUGUUUACAGCAGUGCUUAGCUGUGUUUGCAGCAGGUUGUGUAGCUGUGCGUGCAGCAGGGCGUAGCUGUGUGUGUGUUCAGCAGUGCUUAGCUGUAUGUGCAGCAGUGUCGCUUUUAUGUGAAGCAGUACGUACGUGGUUGUGUGUGUGGACCUGUGUGUUUUAUCAGUGUUGGGCCAAGUGCUCUUAGUAGCGAGUAGUAGCAGCACCUAUGAAGGCCGGCACUGGCACACGCAGAGGGUGGGUAGCCAGCACCAUGUUCGGCUGCCUGUCUCCCGAGUGGCGAUGUUUACUUAUACACCACCGCAACCAGGUACUCAUUUGAGGCUGAGUCGACCUAGGGGAGGCCCAGGACAGGUACAGAAAAUCGUCACUGGUUGUUGGUGGCCAUGAGCGGGAAUCGAACUCGGGUCAUAGCUGGGUUCGUAGCAUAGCAGUGCAGAGCUAACUGCUAUUCCACUGCUCCCCACAGUCUGGUCAGGCUAUACGGGGUAUCUUUGUCUUUGUAGCAGUGUGUACAUAUCUUGAAACUACUCUAGCACGUGCGUAGCCAGUCGUACUAAUCGGUAGGCACUAGCGGUGUGUUCUAUUAGCUGUUCUGGGUGCUCACUGCUGCUGCUGUGCUCAAGUGUUCACCAGUGGUGUCAAAUGUUCACUUUUGUCGGUGUUUGUGGAUGAGGACAGGUUUGCAUAGGGGCUGUGUGUGUGCAUGUGGGAAUACUCCAUGGUGGGGAGCGGCAAUAGUGUUGUAGCGCUGAGCACUACUAUACGAACCCAGCAAGAGACCCGAGUUCAGUUAUCGCUCACGGCCACCAACACCAUUGAUAGUCGUCUGAACCGGUUCUAGGACUCCCUCUAGGGUCGACUCAGCCUCAAAUAAGUAUCCGGUGCGGUGGUGUGCAGUAAACAUCUCCACUGGAGAGACAAAGGUGGCCGAGUGUGGCACUGGCCACCCACUCGUCUGUAUGUGCCACAGUACCGGCCUUCAUUGGUGCUGCUAGCUAACAGAACUUGCCCCAACAGUCUGUUAUGGGCUAUAUGGGGGGGAUCUUUGUGUGUUUGAUUUAGUGAUGGGUGAGUAACUGAUAAUACCUUUGGAAUGCUUUAACGUUGUCAGUUGGUCCAGUCGGCCAGGACAGAUGAUGUGUAGACAGAGUAGAACACAAUAACCGCCACAAUAACAACCACCACCAAAACCACUACGAUAACCACCGUCACAACAACCACCACAAGAGCUACCAACACAACCACCACCGCAACAACAACCACUCCAACAACCACAACAACCACCACAACCAUACUUCCACCUGGCCAAUGGGAUCGAGUUGAGUGCUAUUCUGAGUAUGCAAAUAGAUUUACACGCAGUAGGGACGAGUGUGGACUAGUAGGGAUUAGUAUGGACGAGUAUGAAGUAGUAGGGAUUAGUGGGACCAGUAGGGAAUAGUAUGGACUAAUAUGGACUACGCGUGUAUGUGGAUUUUAUUUUUUUCUGGGGGUGUGGCUAUGCCUAUUUACACACAUAAACACUCACAACAUACACACAUCACACUGCAAUUGCACACACAUCACAUUCACAAGGUACACACAUCACACUCAAAGUAUACAAACAUACUCAGUGUACAAACCUCACACAACAUACACCCAUCACACUCCAUAUACACCCAUCACACAGUGUAUGCACAUCACACUCACAACAUACAGCACACUCACAGCGUACACAUCACAGUUACUGUCCAUAAUCAAACUCACAGUGUACACACACACUCAACGUACAUUACGCUCGCAACAUACACAAUUACAACGUAUUCGCAUCAUACACACAACAUACACAUCACACAGUAUAUACACAAUGCACACAUCACAAACACAAUGUACACACAUCACACACACACACAACGUACACACAUCACACACACAACGUACACACAUCACACACAACGUACACACAUCACAUUCAAAACAUACACAUCAUAUUCACAGCGUACAGACAUUACACUAAACGUAUACCACACACAACGUACACACAUCACACUGUACACACAUCACAGCGUACACACAUUACAAUCACCACGUACACACAUCACACACAACGAUCACACACACAACAUACAUACAUUAUACUCACAAACUCCCCUUAACUUGGUGAAGAGCUAAAAAAUAAAAUCGGUCAAACCUCUUCAAAUCCA